AUGAAGGAUCGCGGCCGGCCAAUCGGCUGCUCCUGGAACAGCAGGAGAGAGUGUUCAUCAGACAUAGAUGAGUGCCUGACCCCAGGUAUCUGUAUGAACGGUCGCUGUAUAAACUCGGAGGGCUCGUUCCGCUGCGAGUGUCCGCCCGGCCUGGCCAUCGACGUGGACGGCAGGGUGUGUGUGGACACACACAUGCGCACCACCUGCUACGGAGCCAUCAAGAUGGGCACCUGCUCGCGGCCCUUCCCUGGGGCCGUCACCAAGUCAGAGUGCUGCUGUGCCUCCCCCGACCACGGCUUUGGAGAGCCCUGCCAGCCCUGCCCCGCCCGCAACUCAGCUGAGUUCCAGGCAGUCUGCAGCAGUGGCAUCGGCAUCACAGCUGACGGCAGAGACAUCAACGAGUGUGGCCUGGACCCAGACAUCUGUCAGAACGGGAUCUGUGAGAACCUGAGAGGAAGCUACCGCUGCAUCUGCAACAUCGGCUACGACUCAGACUCCUCCGGAAAGAACUGUGUUGACAUUAACGAGUGCCAGGUGAACCGUCUGCUGUGUGAUAAUGGGCUGUGCAGGAACACACCAGGAAGCUACUCCUGCUCUUGCCCCACCGGCUACAUCUUCAGACCAGACUCCGAGACCUGCGAAGACAUCAACGAGUGUGAGUCCAGUCCUUGUGUGAACGGUGUGUGUAGGAACGUAGCCGGGUCCUUCCACUGUGAGUGUUCCCAUGGCAGCAAGCUGGACUCCACCAACACCAUCUGUGUGGACAGCAUGAAGGGGACAUGCUGGCUGAACAUCCAAGAUGGCCGCUGUGAGGUGAACAUCAACGGAGCCACGCUGAAGUCAGAGUGCUGCUCCACCCUGGGAGCCGCCUGGGGGAGUCCCUGUGAACGCUGCGAGAUCGACACCGCUUGUUCCAGAGGAUUCGCCCGCAUGAAGGGGCUCACCUGUGAAGACAUCAACGAGUGCGAGGUGUUUCCGGGCGUGUGCACUAAUGGGCGCUGUGUGAACAGCCAGGGCUCGUUCCGCUGCCAGUGUGCUGAGGGCCUCACCCUGGACGGCAGCGGGCGCACCUGCGUGGAUGUCCGCAGCGAGCAGUGCUUCAUGAAGUGGGACGAGGACGAGUGUGGAGAGCCGUUGCCGGGGCGAUACCGCGUGGACAUGUGCUGCUGCACGGUGGGCGUGGCCUGGGGCGUGGACUGUGAGGAGUGCCCCAAACCAGACUCCCCUGAGUACAAGAGCAUCUGCCCCAGGGGACCCGGGUUCGCCAACCGAGGAGACAUCCUGACCGGAAGACCCUUCUACAAAGACGUGAACGAGUGUAAGGUGUUCCAGGGUCUGUGUUCCCACGGAAACUGCAGGAACACCAUCGGAAGCUUCAAGUGUCGCUGUAGCAACGGCUUCGCUCUGACCAUGGAGGAAAAGAACUGUACUGACAUUGAUGAGUGUCGUAUAUCUCCUGACCUGUGUGGUCAUGGCACCUGUGUGAACACACCUGGGAGCUUUGAGUGCGAGUGCUUCGAAGGCUACGAGAGCGGAUUCAUGAUGAUGAAGAACUGCAUGGAUAUUGAUGAGUGUGAGAUCAACCCUCUCCUGUGUCAUGGAGGAAGCUGUGUGAACACAGAGGGGAGUUAUGACUGUGAGUGUCCUCCUGGACACCAGCUCAGCCCUGACGGCUCCUCCUGCGAAGACGUGAACGAGUGCCAGCUCAGUGACACUCUGUGCAGGAACGGGGUGUGUGUUAACGUGGUGGGCACGUACCAGUGUUCCUGCGACACAGGCUACCAGCUCACCCCUGACAGGCAGGGCUGCGUAGACAUUGACGAGUGCACCAUCAUGAACGGGGGUUGUGACACCCACUGCACCAACUCUGAGGGCAGCUAUGAGUGCAGCUGCAGCGAGGGCUACGCACUCAUGCCUGACCUGAGGACCUGUGCAGAUAUUGAUGAGUGUGAGGACAGCCCGGACAUCUGUGACGGAGGCCAGUGCACCAACAUCCCUGGAGAGUACCGCUGCCUCUGCUACGACGGCUUCAUGGCCUCCAUGGACAUGAGGACCUGCAUCGAUGUGAACGAGUGUGACCUGAACCCCAACAUCUGUCUCCAUGGUGACUGUGAGAACACUAAGGGCUCCUUCAUCUGCCACUGUCAGCUGGGGUACUUCGUCAAGAAGGGAUCCACAGGCUGUACAGACAUCGAUGAGUGUGAGAUUGGAGCUCAUAACUGUGACAUGCACGCCGCCUGUGUCAACGUGCCUGGAAGCUUCAAGUGUCGUUGCCGUGAUGGCUGGCUGGGAGACGGCAUCAAGUGUGUAGAUCAGGACGAGUGUUCUGCAGAGGACCACAGCUGCAACCCCAACGCUGACUGUGUCAACACCCCCGGGUCGUACCGCUGCUCCUGCAAGGAGGGCUUCAACGGAGAUGGAUACUCCUGCUCUGACAUGGAUGAGUGUGCGGACAACGUGAACCUGUGUGAGAACGGCCAGUGUCUGAACGCCCCGGGGGGGUACCGCUGCGAGUGCGAGAUGGGCUUCACCCCCACCGAGGACAGCAAGGCCUGCCAGGACAUUGACGAGUGCAAUUUCCAGAACAUCUGUGUGUUUGGAACGUGCCAGAACCUUCCGGGGAUGUUCCGGUGUGUGUGUGACGAUGGUUACGAGCUGGACCGCAGCGGAGGGAACUGUACUGACAUCAACGAGUGUGCGGACCCUGUGAACUGCAUCAACGGCUUGUGUGUGAACACCCCAGGAAGCUACCUGUGUAACUGCCCGCCUGACUUUGAGCUUAACCCCACCGGAGUGGGCUGUGUGGAUGUUCGCGUCGGCAACUGUUUCCUGGAUACGCUGGCGCGUGGCGACGGGGGCAUCUCCUGCAGCGCUGAGAUCGGCGUGGGUGUGACCCGGGCCUCCUGCUGCUGCUCUCUGGGCGGAGCCUGGGGAAACCCCUGCGAACUCUGCCCCGCCGUCAACUCCACGGAGUACAAGACCCUGUGUCCUGGAGGAGAAGGAUUCAGACCCAACCCCAUCACCGUCAUCCUGGAGGACAUAGAUGAGUGCCAGGAGCUGCCGGGGCUGUGCCAGGGGGGGAACUGCGUCAACACGUUUGGCAGCUUCCAGUGUGAGUGUCCAGCAGGAUACUACCUCAACGAGGAGACACGCAUCUGUGAGGACAUCGACGAGUGCACGGCCCACAUCGGGAUCUGUGGUCCAGGAACCUGCUACAACACGCUGGGGAACUACACGUGUGUGUGCCCGCCAGAGUACAUGCAGGUCAACGGGGGAAACAACUGCAUGGACAUGAGGAAGAGCGUGUGCUACCGGCACUUCAACGACACGUGUGAGAACGAGCUGUCUUUCAACAUGACCAAGAAGAUGUGCUGCUGCGCCUACAACGUGGGCAAGGCCUGGAACAAGCCCUGUGAGGCCUGCCCCACGCCUGCCACCUCUGAGUACCAGCUGCUGUGUGGGAACCAGGCUCCCGGCUUCAUCAUAGACAUCCACACGGGCAAGCCCAUCGAUAUUGACGAGUGCAGGGAGAUCCCGGGGAUCUGCGCUAACGGAGUGUGUAUCAACCAGAUCGGGAGCUUCCGCUGCGAGUGUCCUAUGGGCUUCAGCUACAACAACAUCCUGCUCAUCUGUGAAGAUAUUGAUGAGUGUAACAGUGGAGACAACCUGUGCCAGAGAGACGCCAGCUGUAUCAACAUCCCAGGCAGCUACCGCUGCGAGUGUUCCCCCGGCUUCAAGCUGUCCCCCAGCGGGGCGUGUGUGGACCGUAACGAGUGCCAGGAGACUCCUAACGUGUGCAGUCAUGGGGAGUGCAUCGACACCCAGGGCAGCUACCGCUGUCUCUGUCACAACGGCUUCAAGGCCACAGUCAGCCAGACCAUGUGCAUGGACAUCGAUGAGUGUGACCGUCAGCCCUGUGGUAACGGCACGUGUAAGAACACGGUGGGCUCCUACAACUGCCUCUGCCUCCCCGGGUUCGAGCUCACGCACAACAACGACUGCAUGGACAUAGACGAGUGCAACUACCUGGGCGGCCAGGUGCAGGUGUGCAGGAACGGCCAGUGUAUCAACAGCCUGGGCUCCUUCCAGUGUCUCUGCCAGGAGGGAUACGAGCUCUCUCCAGACGGCAAGAACUGUGUCGAUAUUAACGAGUGUGUGAGCCUGCCUGGCACCUGCUUCCCUGGAACGUGCCAGAACCUGGACGGAUCCUUCCGGUGCAUCUGCCCUCCUGGCUUUGAGGUGGACAACGACCAGUGCUUAGAUAUUAACGAGUGUGAGGCGGAGCCUAACACCUGUCAGUUUGGUACCUGCACCAACACCCCUGGGAGCUUCCAGUGCAGGUGUCAGCCUGGCUUCGUGCUGUCAGACAACGGGCGACGCUGCUUCGACACCAGGGAGAGCUUCUGCUUCACGCGCUUCGAGGCGGGGAAGUGUUCGGUGCCCAAGGCCUACAACACCACCAAGGCCAAGUGCUGCUGCAGCAAGAUGCCCGGGGAGGGCUGGGGAGACCCCUGUGAGCUCUGCCCCAACGAGAGAGAGGCAGCCUUCGACAGCCUGUGUCCCUAUGGCCAUGGAGCUCUUCCUGGACUGGGAGACACCCGCGAGGACAUGAACGAGUGUCUGGAUAACCCAGGUAUCUGUCAGAACGGCUUGUGUAUCAACACGGACGGCUCGUUCCGCUGCGAGUGUCCCUUCGGAUACGACCUGGACUUCACUGGGGUCAACUGUGUCGAUAUUGACGAGUGUAACAUAGGGAACCCUUGUGGGAAUGGGACCUGCACCAAUGUAGUGGGAGGGUUCGAGUGCUCCUGCCAAGAGGGCUUUGAACCCGGACCCAUGAUGACCUGUGAAGAUAUAAAUGAGUGUUCCCUGAACCCCCUGCUGUGUGCGUUCCGCUGUGUCAACACCUUCGGGGCGUACGAGUGCAUGUGCCCAUCUGGAUACGUGCUGCGAGACGACCAGCGCAUGUGUCGAGACCAGGAUGAAUGCUCCGAGGGCCUGGAUGAUUGUGAGUCGAAGGGGAUGAGCUGUAAGAACCUGAUAGGCACCUUCAUGUGUAUCUGCCCCCCGGGCAUGCAGCGAAGACCGGAUGGAGAGGGGUGUAUGGACCUGAACGAGUGUCGGGCCAAGCCGGGGAUCUGUAAGAACGGACGGUGUGUGAACCUGGUGGGCAGCUACCGCUGUGCGUGCAACGAGGGCUUCGAAGCCAGUUCCACCGGGACCGACUGCAUUGAUAACCGGCAGGGCUUCUGCUUCACCGAGGUCCUGCAGACCAUGUGCCAGCAAUCGUCCACCAACCGGCGGAGCGUCACCAAGUCCGAGUGCUGCUGUAAUGCCGGGCGAGGCUGGGGCCCGCAGUGUGAGCUGUGCCCCUUACCAGGGACCGUGCUGUACAAGAGGAUGUGCCCCCUGGGGCCCGGGUACACCACGGACGGCAGAGACAUAAACGAGUGUCAGGUGAUGCCAGACCUGUGUAAGAACGGACAGUGCAUCAACACCAUCGGCUCCUUCCGUUGUCACUGCAACACUGGAUACUCCACAGACUACACCGGCACUGCCUGCAUCGACAUGGACGAGUGCUCGCAGUCCCCCAAGCCGUGUAACUUCCUGUGUAAGAACACGGAGGGAAGCUAUCUGUGUUCGUGUCCGCGAGGUUACACCCUGCAGCCUGACGGCAAGACCUGCAAAGAUCUGGAUGAGUGCUCCUCCAAGCAGCAUAACUGCCAGUUCCUGUGUGUCAACACCAUUGGAGGCUUCACCUGCAAGUGUCCUCCAGGGUUUACCCAACACCAGACUGCCUGCAUCGACAACAACGAGUGUGCAGGGCAGAGCAGUGUGUGUGGCUCUCGUGCCUCCUGUCUCAACACACCUGGGAGCUUCAACUGCGAGUGUUCUAAAGGCUUCUCCUUGGACACCACCGGACUGGAGUGUGAGGAUGUGGAUGAGUGUGGCUCUAACCACCGCUGCCAGCACGGCUGUCAGAACAUGCUGGGAGGGUUCCGCUGUGGCUGCCCCCAGGGAUACGUGCAGCACUACCAGUGGAACCAGUGUGUGGAUGAGAAUGAGUGUUCUGGUGGGAGUAUGUGUGGCUCUGCGUCGUGCUACAACACGCUGGGCAGCUUCAAGUGUGUGUGUCCGUCCGGCUUCGACUUCGAGCAGGGCGCGGGCGGUUGCCAGGACGUCAACGAGUGUUCCCAAGGCAACAACCCCUGCAGCUUCGGGUGCUCCAACACUGACGGGGGAUACCUGUGUGGAUGUCCCGGGGGUUACUACCGGGCAGGGCAGGGACACUGUAUAACAGGAGCCGGCUUCCAGGGCCAGUUUGGGGGUGAGGGUGAGGGUGAUGGUGAGGACAGCCUGUCUCCUGAGGCGUGCUACGAGUGCAAGAUCAACGGAGACGCCAGCAAGAACGCACGCCACCGGCGCCACGCCGGAGAGAACGAGCUCAACCAGGACGUGAGCAUGGCCAGCGUGGACAUCCAGUCUUCCAUCCCCAUGAACCUGAGUGUGUCGUCCCUCCUGCACCAGCAGCCCCUCCUGGAGCUCCUCCCGGCCCUGCAGCCGCUGGAGCGCCACAUCCGCUACGUCAUCACCCGCGGCAACCAGGCCGAGCACUUCCGGCUGACGGAGCGGCGAGACGGGACCAGCGUCCUGCGUCUGGGCCGGAAGGUUCCGGCGGCCGGCUCGUACCGCCUGGAGAUCGCCAGCGUGCCGCUGUUCGGCCCGCGCCGCUUGAGGGAGAUGGAGGCAGAGCACGAUGAGGAUUACCUGCUGGGGGAGAUCGGAGAUGCCCUCCGCAUCAAGCUCGACAUCCACCUGCACUGAGCUGCCCCUCACCUGAUCCCUCUCUCCCCCACCCACGAUCCCCCUCCUCCUCCACCCAUGCCCCCCCCCACACACAGUAACUUGGGUGGGGGCUAAGACUGAAACCCCCCCCCAGAUCCCAAUCUUCUAAGUUGUUGACCUUGUUGUUUUGUUUAUGGUUUUUGUAUUUCUCACCCCAACUACAUCCACCCCACCCCUCCCUACACACACACCUCUCUCCCAAUGUAGUAACCCUGUGUAGUAUUGGUAACCUUGGCAACACUGGGUAGUCCAAAGCCCCCAUCUCCUCCGGCCAAUCACAUGUUGUGGGGAGAAAAAGUCAAACGUUUGUUUUUUUCCCACCCUGCUCAGUAUAGUUUUUUUUUUUUUUCUUUACAAGUCAUUUAACGUAUUUGUACUGUUUGAAAAUGUUCACACGAAGGACUGCAACAUUUACACAAAGUUUCAGGUUUAGCAUUUUAAGACAAAUCUAGGGAAGCGUUCCAACCCGUCAUCGUUAAGCAGUGACAGGCAGGGAUUCCCUGGUGUGUGUGUGUGUGAGCGCUGUCAUCCAUUACCUCAUGGGUUUGCAGAUCUGCAGCUGUGUUGUAGUACUUCUUGCUAACAGUAGAGGGCGCCAGCGCCCCUCAGAGCACCCCAGCAGCCCUCCUAAGCCACAGGAAAUAGAGGAGGUAGAAGUCCCUAACGACUGAUCCAGGACCUGAUCUCAUGCACCUGCAGUGAGGGUGGUAAUUUAGGGGGUGGUUGGGAUGGGUAUAGCUUAGCGAUUACAGCAUUUGACUGCAGAUAAGGAGAUCACAGGUUCAGAUCCCCCUGUACGUCGCUUUGGGUAAAAUCUGCCGAAGGAAUGAAUGUAAUGAUUAGGCUGUGAGGAUUCCGACAGCAGCUUAGUGGUUAAGAUCAAACAUUCUCUCCUUUAUAAGGGACAUUUUAGUGCUGGUGCUACAGUUCAAUCAGGCACUAAAACUGCUCUUCGAACUAAAACCAGGGACUCUGAUACACAGCGAACCCUGUUCUGUGGUUCAACCCCAGUUAACCCCCACCGCUUAUCUGGCACGUUUCAUAUCACUGCUGUUAGCUGGUGCGCUGACGUGGGGUUCGAAUCCUAUGACUCCUGGGUUAACCAACACCCACCCAGGAGAGCGCAGCUGGAGUGAAUAUCUAAUACACUAUAACAUGGUACACUUAAGUCUGGUCAGUUAUUGAAGGUUGGGACAUUUAACACAUUUAUACACACACACACAGGGGUGAACAGCAGACCUCACUACAGACAGGUAAUCCUUCAGGUCAACUGUCAAUGUUUUUUUUCUCAAAGAGAAAAAAAAGGUGCUAGUUAAUUCCAUCUCUUUCGCUGUACAAAGGAAAUGCAGUCUUGAAUCUCGAUUGCAAAAGUGACGUUUAGUUUUUUCUCUCGUUUGGUGUUUGUCUUUUGUAAUGUCUCAAUGCUGAAAACCAAUAUUAUCAAACUCGCUUCUUGAAAAUUAAAUUGUAUAUUUUUAAGUGAAAUGUAGAUUGUUUUUCUGAUGUACGUUCUGAUGAACACCAGGCUGCCAAACCAAAUAACUUUGUUGUAAGCUCCCAAAAGGCCUUGCGUGUUCAAACGAGUUGGUUCGGUGAAGCUGGUUAACGCGGUGUUUAUGAACCGGUCGUGACGUGCGUGGUUGCCUAAGAGACUGCUAACAGAACAGCCUAGCUAGCAUCCUACAGCAUAUUUUUGCGGAUCUGUCCACACAGUUUUACAAAUUGGUGCUCCAAAUUAUUGUUUUACAUUACUGAUAAGCUAAUGUGCAGAAGUUGUGAAACAUCUGUUAACUGAUUGGUUAGGCUAUAGAAGUAUUUUCUUCAACUUUUACCCAGGUAAAACCCGUACGCUGUUACUAAGAAAAUGUACCGAGUCAAACGCAGUCGUACAUUAAGGACUGUAUUGAAAAAUUAAGCUACGCACAGUCCGUAAAAAUGCGCAGUAGUGUGAACCAGGCCGGCGCAAAGCGAUGGAGUGAACCGGCCUUUAUAACCACUGUCUACCUGUCUCAAUCACGGUCCGUCCAGAGCACACAAUACUAGUUAACGGUGUCAAGGGUGAGGUAGUUACGACUCGAGGGAAUUACUGGUCAGGGUGAUAUUCAUUGGUGCUGUGCCCUCACCUCUAUCAGAGGAGCUGGUGUUCUUUCUAUGGGAUGUGUUUCUAUGUUGUCAGCCUCUGUACAGUGUUGGGAGGUUGACAUGGUAACCAGAAUACGGAUCAACGCAAACACGCGCCCAUCUCAUUAUAGUAUCCAUGGUGCUGGGGUCAGCUCUGGCUCUGAGUAUCCAUGGUUACAGCACUGUCACUAGGCCUUCUCCUAUAUUUAUAUCAUAAUCAUUUUGUCUAACAUGGGAGUUUUGUAUACUUCGUAUCUUUGUUUUGACUGUUUUUUAUUUGCCACUAUGUUAAAAAGAGAAUGUUGUGUGUGUAUACUGUAUCUUAGCUUCAGUGUCGAACCUGAAACAUUUGAACGUUUUUAGAAAGCAUGUGCAGUCUACGCGACCGUUCCGAAAUGAACGGAGUGUGACGUCGCAGCGAAACCACCUAUCGGUUGCCACGACAAUCGUUGUAAACCCACAAUGUCCGCCAGAUCCAUCGCGAAUCACUAGCAAUCUAAUCUGCGAGGAUGUCCGCUGUUUAAACACCUUCAGUGUGUUAGUUCACAUUAACCCCUGUGGCGCUUGUAUCAAUCAGGGUGACCACAAUCACAAUCCCUGCAAAUUAACUGGUCAUCUUGUGACUUUUUUUCUCCUUCAGAAAACAUAAAUGGCAAUAAAAAGUGUUGUGGGUUAUAUUUUUA